AUGGACAGAGACGACGAUCCUUGUAAAUUAUUCAUUGGGGGUUUAACACGAUCAACAACAACUGAAAUGCUUCAUCAAUACUUUCAAGUAUUUGGAGAGCUAACUGAUUGUGUUGUUAUCAAAAAUCCGGCAACAAAACUUUCACGAUGUUUUGGUUUUGUACAAUUUACAACGCCACAAAUAGCUGAUCAUGUUGUUGAAUCACGUCCUCAUAUUAUUGAUGGUAAAGAAAUUGAUGUUAAACAUGCUUCUGCUGAAAGCCAUGAAAGACAUCAGCAACAACUUGCAGCGGCAGCCGCUGCUGCUGCUUCAGUCGCAUCUGUACAUGAACGAAAUCGUGAUAUGUCACCAGAUAGAAAUAAAAAACGUUCAAGAUGGGAAAAUCAACAAUUAUUAGAUUCCCAACAAAAUUUUACAUUACCACAUGAUAUGAUUACCAUGCGAUCUAAUACUCAUAUAGCAUUUAUUCAACGUGAUAUUAUUACUUAUCCAAUUCCGUUAAAAUAUUUAAUCGAAGAUAAUUUUCAACAACAAUAUAAUUCACCUACGAAUGAUAAUUCCUAUUAUCCACAACAAACACGUCAACAACACAAUAAUAAUUUUAAUAAUCGACUGUAUCCAACUUAA